AUGUAGUAAAUAAAUACAGUGUAUUAUUGUAAGACUGGACUCAACUUGGGCCAUUUUGAUGAAAGUACAAUUUAUUGCAAACUUUUUUUAAACAUUUUAAUAUUUCAAAAUGAUAACAAAUACAGUGAUUUUAUUGUCUCUUAUUUUAGGAACUUUGGGUCAAGUGUACGAAGACAAGCGUUGUCGCUGCGUGUGCCCGAGCCCCGCCAUGGUGUUUAACAGCACUGUGAGUCCGCAAAGAAAGCUGUACAUUGCGGACGUGCCGCCCAGCAAGUGCAACUGCAUCGAAGUGGUGCUGCCGCGGCUCGUCGAUUUAAAAGGCCGAGAGGGCGAGUACUGCCCGCGGUGCGAAUGCAAAUACCAGACGAGAAACACCACUGUUAUUAAAGUGGUGGUGAUAACCGUGGUCUGGCUGAUCGCCCUGCUGCUGGUCUACGCUGGGUUCCUUACUUGUUUGCGACCACUUAUGCGCCGAAAACGGACCUACAAGGACCACUCAUCAGAAGAGGUACUUAACUCCCACUCCGGGUACUUGGACCCGGGUACGUUUUUAAACUACGUCCAAAAGAGAGGUAUGGGCAUUGUGAAUUUCAUCUCGCUAUGUGUGGUAGGGCACAGCACAGCGGAUGUCAUUCCAGAUCUAGAGCAGAGCCCAACUGAGUCGUAUCUAAAUAUUUUAGCUAGACGUAGUCAAAAUUAUGUUCAACAUAAGUUUUUGGCAAAAAUUUCAUUUUUUGCUUUCAUCGCUGACUGUACUUUUUUUGAAAGGCGACUAAUACUCAUCGAGCUAAUUCUAAAAACCCCAAACACAAUUACGUUGCGUUGUUUUAUCACAGAGUUCCUAUGGCCACCUCUUGUCUCCAUCAUCAGAUCAGCCCGAUGGUACCAUAAUAUUGCAUUGUCACCCGACUUACAUAUGCGUGCAAAAUUUCAGCUCAAUCGGAAACCGGGAAGUGGAUCAAAUUUGACUUGCAAGAUUUGAUAACAGACCGACAACGGGACAGGUUAAACUAGAUAAAAGCUUGUAAAAAUUGCGAAGAAUCUUUUCUUUUCAUCGAAAAAACGGCAGGAAGGUUUCAUCUUUUAUAGUUAUAAUUCUAGGCAAGAGGUUCCAUUUAAUACUUUAUAAACCCACUAGCAA